AUGACGGCGCGUGCCCUUGAGGCCUGCUCGUCAUCGACCUUGGCACCUCGCCGCAGGCCCCGGUCUCGGCGGAACGCGCAGGGAUGGCGGGUGUCUCUACCCCAGGCCUUGUCUGUAGGGAGUGCCUCUGUCGGGCAUCUCGCAGCUGCGGCCCGGCCGUGCUGGGUGCUGGUGGGAACGCGCUCGUGUCGUGGUGUUGCAGCCCUGACAAACAACACAGUUCCUAAGCACUAUGUGCCUACAGAAGAGGAACGGAGGCUCCUCAAGGAGUGUGCUGAAGAGAGCGCCCGCUACCGAGCUUUUCCUUUGGCUGCAGCAAGCAUGCUAGCUACUAGUUUCUUAAUCAAAAAAGGCAUUCUAAGAGAUAGCUCAAGAUUUGGCUCCUUUACUAAAGUUGCAUUUGCUGGAAUGUGUGGAUACCUGGCUGGAAAGAUAUCCUACUUGCCAAUCUGUAGCGAGAAAUUCAAGAAGCUGAAGGACUCCCCAAUAGGAGAUGUUCUGCGACAGGCUCAGAGACACAGUUCACAUUCCUAUUCCAGUCGAAAAUCUGAAUUUUCAGAUACGCCUUCUCAAUCAUUUACUGAAUCUUCUCCAAAAGCUGGAUUCCCACUGUCUUCUGGCUAUUCAGACGAUUAUAGUUCCACAGAUAGAGCCCUCUCUAGUUACGAACCCGUUCCAUUCAGUGCUUCCCUGAAUGAAUCUUCACCUACAGGAAUUACUGAUUAUAAUGUUCAAGAAGCUCCUCCAAUUCCAGAAGAAAGUCGUAAAAAAAAAAGUGUCACGUAUGAGGAAUUAAGGAAUAAACACAGAGAGACAUAUGAAGUAAUGUCACCACUGAAGGCAGAAACUGCAGGCAAAUUUCCCCAGGAAAGACCAGUUAAGGAAGUUAAAGUAAAUAAAUAUGGAGAUACCUGGGACGAGUAAGAACUGGAUGAAGAACUGAAGAAAAUUCUCUUCUGUCAGCUCAGAUGAGUUUCAUCUAUAUUAGUCAUGGAUGCUGGCACAUUUAGUGUUCUGCCAAUCAAAGUUAUUAAUAAAUUAGGAGAAAAUCUCGACUUGCCAGAAGAUGUAAAAGAAUAUAUUUAGGCUUAACGUCAUUUUUUGUUUUGCAUAAAUGGUGAGCCAGGCUGCUGUGAGGUGUCAUGAAUGUAAACCAUUUGUGCUAUUAUUUAAGAAUGAAGAAGGUAACUAGCAAUAACUAAUAAAAGUGUAUAAGAAAGGGUAAAAUGUAUGUAAAUAAAAGCAAUUGCUUGUGUUGGGAUGGGAAAAAUGUCAAAAUCUUCUGAAAUUUUCAAAAUUUGCAUUAAAAGGUACCUGUAGAAAUAACCUCUCACAUUCUUUUGUUUGAAAAUGAUGUGUUGGAAACAUUUGAUCAUACUUAAUAGUGUUUGGAAUAAUACUGAAUUAUUUGGAGAAAAAAGGCUGAGGAACCUAGCCAAAUACAUGAGUAAGCAUACUGAAUUGGACUUUCCCUUUUUCAAAAGCGUUUCAGGGUGACAGCAGUAUAUUUGGACUGUUGUUCUGACUUGCACGUGUUGCACAUUUAAGUGGAUGGCUAAGCCAGACAGACUGGUAAGAAUGUAAAUGAGAUCUUGACUGUUAGAGAUAAUUCUUGUGCAUUAAAUCUUCUUUUUUUUUGUGAGUGUCAUGACAAAAAAAA